CAAUUCAUUCCCAGAUUGACUGCAGAUUGGUUCCCGUUCUGCCUGUCAUUGACUGACUGACUGUGAUUCCUCGCUCCGCCGCGUCCGUUUUCGUCAUGGCCGCCGAACAACGGUCUGCCGCCAUGCCCGAUGGCCAGCCCAAUCCGGGCCCCAUUGGCUCUGGCCUGAAUGUUCUGGGCGAAGAUGCGUUUGUGAAUGCCUCAAAUGCCACCCCGGAUCUGCGGGGUGAACAGACCCAGCCCUCCACCCUCCCCGAUGCCCCUUCCUACUUUUCUGAUACCCCGGGGAACCACGCUUCUUCCGUCCCUCCAGCUGUCGCUUCCCCCAUCACUCCCUCCCAGGCUGUCAAGGACGCCAAAUCGGGUCCUGAAUUGUUGCGCCGCUUGAGCCUGAUAGAAUCUCCCAUCAUGCUGGACGCCGACCCCCGCGAACAAUACCCCAGCCUGCGUCUUACCGGCCGAGUGAUCAGUGCUGCAUUCUGUAUCCCCUAUAAGCUCUAUCUCCAUCCCGGGUCCGACUGGGAGCUGAAACCCCGUCCGGGAACCUCCGCUCUAUUUGAUUCAAUGGCCUAUCUUGGUUCUAAUGAAUCGAGAUGGUCCCACACCCUCGUUGGCUGGACCGGCGAGGUCGAGCCGGUCCAGGAGACAGCGAUUCCUUUGCAACAGAUUCCCAUCAACACAAGUGCCAAGGUGCCGACCACCCUCAACGGUUCGGCCUUGCCCCUCAAUAAAGCUGCCGCACCGGUGCCUGUGGAUGCCAGCCAACGCCUACCCAGUCAUCCUCUCCUUGACGGCUUCGAAGUGGACCUGGAGGACCGAGAAAGGCUCGAUCAGCAGCUGAGCUCCAGCCGCUACGGUAAGAUCGUGCCGGUCUGGUUGACCGGUGAAUCGGAACAUCCAGAUGACACGGUCUUCUUGGACGACCAGGGUCGGUGGAGGCGUUAUGCCGAGCGCGAGCUCUACCCACUCCUUCAUUACAAACAGCACGGUCCCACGGACGGCAAAUCGGAACGUAAGUGGUGGGCAGACUACGUCCGCAUGAAUCGUCUCUUCGCCGACCGCAUUGCGCAAGAAUACAAGGAAGGAGAUAUUGUCUGGAUCCAUGACUACCACCUAUUCCUGGUCCCGAGUAUGCUGCGCCAACGCAUCCCCAACAUUUACAUUGGUUUCUUCCUGCAUGCGCCAUUUCCCAGCAGUGAGUUCAUGCGCUGCUUGGCCAAGCGCAAGGAGGUGCUUACGGGGGUCCUGGGGGCCAACAUGAUCGGCUUCCAGACGUUCUCAUACUCUCGUCACUUCUCAUCUUGCUGUACACGUGUCCUAGGCUUUGAUUCCAACUCGGCUGGGGUGGAUGCCUACGGUGCUCAUGUAGCAGUGGAUGUCUUCCCGAUAGGUAUCGAGACCAAGACGAUUCAAAAGGCAGCCUUCGGGUCUGCCGAGAUAGAAAAGGCAGUCUUGGGUAUUCGCAAGCUUUAUGCCGGAAAGAAGAUUAUUGUCGGCCGUGAUCGACUGGACAGUGUACGCGGUGUGGCCCAGAAGCUGCAGUCGUUCGAGGUCUUCCUCGAGCGGUACCCUGAAUGGCGGGAUAAGGUGGUCCUGAUCCAGGUAACCAGCCCAACCAGCGUCGACGAGCAGAAAGAAGAGAACAAGAUUGCCAGUCAGGUCUCUAAUCUGGUUUCUACCAUCAAUGGCCGGUUCGGAUCGUUGAGCUUUGCCCCCGUCAAGUACUACCCGCAGUACCUCUCCCCUCAUGAGUACUUCGCGCUGCUGCGUGUCGCUGAUGUCGGACUCAUCACCACGGUCCGCGACGGCAUGAACACGACUAGCUUAGAGUAUAUCAUCUGCCAACAGAAUAACUAUGGCCCCUUGAUCCUCUCCGAGUUCUCUGGUACGGCGGGGACUUUGUCCAAUGCCAUUCAUAUCAACCCAUGGGAUACCGUCGGCGUGGCGGGAGCCAUCAACAAAGCCCUAACCAUGUCUCCGGAAGAGAAGAUGUCACAGCAUCAGAAGCUUUACAAGCACGUCACUGCAAACACAGUCUCGUCCUGGUCAAAACAGUUUGUCACUCGUCUCCUCACCAACCUCUCGUCAUUUGACCAAUCCGUGGCAACGCCGGCCCUCGAUCGGGCCAAGCUGGUGCGGCAGUACCGUCGGGCUCGGAAGAGACUAUUCAUGUUUGACUACGAUGGUACACUUACUCCGAUUGUCAAAGACCCGCAAGCUGCGAUCCCCUCGGAUCGGGUGCUGCGUACUAUCAAGACCCUCGCCGCAGACCCGCGAAAUGCGGUCUGGAUCAUCAGUGGACGUGAUCAAGCCUUCUUGGAUGAGUGGAUGGGCCACAUCCCCGAGCUAGGACUGAGUGCAGAGCACGGAUGCUUCAUUCGCAAGCCCCACUCGGAUGACUGGGAGAAUCUGGCCGAACGGAGUAACAUGGGCUGGCAGAAGGAGGUCAUGGAUACGUUCCAGCACUUCACAGAACGGACACAGGGCUCUUUCAUCGAAAGAAAGCGCGUGGCCCUGACAUGGCAUUAUCGCCGUGCGGAUCCGGAGUAUGGAGCGUUCCAGGCUCGCGAAUGCCGGAAGCAGCUUGAAGACACCGUCGGGAAGAGAUGGGAAGUUGAAGUCAUGGCCGGGAAAGCCAACCUGGAAGUUCGGCCGACGUUCGUUAACAAGGGAUUCAUCGCGGCUCGCCUCGUCAAUGAGUACGGCACCGGCCCUGGGCAGGCUCCUGAGUUCAUCUUUUGCUCCGGCGACGACUUCACAGAUGAAGACAUGUUCCGUGCCCUACAGAAAUUCGACCUGCCACAAGACCACGUCUACUCGGUCACUGUUGGUGCAAGCUCGAAGCAAACGGCCGCCAGCUGGCAUCUCCUGGAACCCGCCGACGUGAUUGAAACUAUUUCGAUGCUCAACAAUAGCUCGUGCUCCCAAGAGUAUUGAGGGUCUGUUAAUACUGCACUGGUGGUCUUUCUCGAAGCGGGGACAGGGUCUCCGCGUAAUCGCCCUUGAUCUCCAUUUAACAUCUGCGAUUAUUGAUAUAUAUUUCUGCCAUUCUUUUUCCAGGCGUAGAGGUGAUGCUGUGGUGGCGGCGAUUUGUUAGAGGGCGUCACGAAGCGGGUAUGCAUUCGGCAUUUGGAUUCUGGGGGGUCGUUCAGCCAUUAGCGAGAGUCCAGCAUGGGGGUUUCUCCUACCUUUUUUGUUUCUCUUUGUCUU